UUUCGUUUACAACAGCCCCACUACCUACUUCUGCUCGACAAGUCGGAAGAGUCGGAACCUAACAAAUCGGGUAGGAGCAUGCUUAUCCUCCAUCUUAAACAUACUCCAUUCAUGUACGCACCCCAAGACGAAUUGGAACCAGUGAUCCAGAUUUCACGUGACAUUAUUGAUAGUCGAGUCGUCGUUGUGCCCAAAACUCGCAUCACGUCGCCCAAUGAGUCAAAAUUUUUUUCGGGCUUUGAUGGCAGCUUCUAUCUCUCAAAGCCAUGGCUGCGUGCACUUUUCCCCUAUGGCUAG